AUUUAUUGGACCAGUGGCAUUCAACUUACCGGCAACGUGAAAAUGGAGGUAGGUUGUAUGUGGAUGAGGCGCAUGCGAGUUGUGCUUCUUGUAAGUCGGCCUUUAAAACCGCCGCUCUUAUCUGCUCCGCCGCCUAAUCUCCACCUCCACUUCACUUCUCUUUUCUCUUCCGCCCGUAGUUCACUUUCCACCUCCACCGCUUGUUCGUCACCACUCCCCCUUCUUAAUAUAGGAAGUGAUGACACUAGUGCUAUUCCAAAUAAGGAUGGAAAAGUGCUUCUUAAAGGAAUGAGUUACACUGAGCUUGAAAAAUGGGUGCAAUCUCAUGGAUUCAGACCUGGUCAGGCUAUGAUGCUGUGGAAGCGCCUUUAUGCGAACAAUAAUACGUUGGCACAUUAUUUUGAUGAAUUAGAAGGUUUAAAUAAGGAUUUCAAGAAAAUGCUGAGUGAACAUGCUCGAUUGAAGGCGAUAUCUAUGGAAGAUGUUGUUACAGCAUCUGAUGGAACUAAAAAGAUUUUAUUUAGGUUGGAUGAUGAGAUGGUAAUAGAAACGGUUAUCAUACCUUGUGAUAGAGGUAGGACAACAGUUUGUGUUUCGAGUCAAGUGGGCUGUGCCAUGAAUUGUCAGUUCUGCUACACUGGCAGGAUGGGUUUGAAGAGACAUCUGACUACAGCUGAGAUUGUAGACCAGGUUGUAUCUGCACAGCGUCUGCUCACAAGUGAUGCUGGUUCCAUCACAAAUGUUGUUUUUAUGGGAAUGGGGGAGCCACUUCAGAAUAUUGAGAAUGUCAUUAAAGCUGCAGAUAUUAUGGUGCAUGAUCAGGGUCUUCACUUCAGUCCUCGCAAGGUCACUAUUUCUACAAGUGGGCUUGUGCCCCAGCUAAAGCGUUUCCUUCGGGAAUCCAAUUGUGCUUUAGCUGUUAGUCUGAAUGCCACAACUGAUGAGGUCAGGAACUGGAUCAUGCCAAUUAACAGGAAGUAUAAUUUAGGCUUGCUUCUUGACACCCUCCGGAAGGAACUGCAUUUCAAAAAUAACUACAAAGUUCUAUUUGAGUAUGUGAUGCUUGCAGGAGUAAAUGACAGCUUGGAGGAUGCAGAGAGGCUUAGUGAUCUUGUUCAAGGGAUUCCAUGCAAGAUCAAUCUCAUUCAAUUUAAUCCUCACUCUGGAUCCCAGUUUAGACCAACCAGCAAAGAGAAGAUGAUUGAAUUUCGGAAUAUCUUGGCAGAGGCCAAAUGCACUGUUUUCUUGAGAGACAGUAGAGGCGAUGAUCAGAUGGCUGCUUGCGGUCAGCUUGGCAAACCCGGGGCUAUCCAGGUACCCUUACUACGUGUACCGGAGCAAUUCCAAGUGGCUUUGAAUAUAUAGGAUGCGAGAUAUUAGAUGAGAGUUUGAUACACAGGAUUGACAAAACAUGAUCUUGAAUUUAAUGAUGAAAAUUAGAUAUUACUCUACUCGAAUUUGGUGAUUUUAACCUGAACUUGUGAGCUUAUGCA